GACUAAGCAACUUUUAGGACAUCUCUUUCAGCUAUUCAAAUGCCACCUGCAGAAGUAAACGAAGGUGUGAAAUCAGUCCAUGACCUGCUAUUGAAUCCCACGGUAAAGAUCGCUAACAUUGAGGCUGUUGCAAGUAAAUUACAAAAGAUCCUAAGUCAUGGAAAGGACGAGGUUCACUUUAUUUGUGAUUUCGAUAUGACUCUCUCACGCCACUGGGUUAAGAAUGCCGAUGGAAAGCCUGUGCGCAAUAGCUCAACCCACGGAGUAUUAGGACGUUAUAAACGCCUGAGCCCAGAGUUCCACACUGAGACCCAGAGACUCUACAAUCAUUACUACCCCAUAGAAAUAGAUCAAUCUCUGUCUUUCGAAGAAAAAGUUCCAGAGAUGGUUGCUUGGUGGGAACAGGCUCAUGCUGCUCUGGUAGGGCAAAGCAUCACUAGAGAAGAUAUCGCAUUAAUGGUCAAGCAAACUUAUGUGGAGAUGCGGCCGAAUGUAGACACAUUUUUAAAGAAGUGUGCAGACAUCAACGUUCCUCUUCUCGUUUUCUCUGCCGGAGUGAGCGAUGUUAUACAAGAGGUUCUUAAUCAACAUAACAUGUUCCAUCACAACAUGCAUAUUGUUUCCAACAAGAUGGGUUGGAAUGACAGUGGUAUUUGUGAUCACUUCGAAGAACCGCUCAUCCAUGUGUUCAACAAAAGUGAAUUCUGCUUGGAUAAAACCGAUUACUAUCAAGGUAUCAAGGACAGAAAAAAUGUUAUCCUGCUUGGAGAUUCUGUAGGGGAUGUAUUGAUGAGUCAAGGAGUUCAGCAUGACACUUGCUUGAAUAUAGGAUUUCUCAAUCAUGAUGUUGAGAGUCUAUACCCAAAAUAUUCGCAGCUUUAUGAUAUUGUAAUAAUUGGUGACUCUAGUGUAGAACCAGUCUUGAGCAUUUUAGAGAAACUUCAGUGAAUUCAAAUAGAAUCCUAUGUUAUCAAUAUUUUCAUGUCAAA